UCUCGGGCUGCUGCUUGCUUUCGACCGGUGACGACGGAACCCAGGGGAAGGGUCGAGUGUGCGGCGUGUGCGUGACGUGUGCGGUGGCUCUUAUUGUUGUGCGUUCGUUUUGCCAAGUGACGAGCGAGUAGUUGGCGAGGCGAACGGGAAACGAGUGGGCGACGCGAGGGGAGGGCCACCCGGGUCAUGGUGGAGACGUCUCUGUCCGUCGAGUGGGCGUUUGACUGUCGAGUGGGCGUUUGUCUGUCGAGUCACGGCUCGACUCGACUGGUGGUGAGCGAGCGCGCUUCUAAGGCGUCAGUGAUUGAAAGGGAAGAUCCUCUCGAGCUGCGGUUCCUCUUGGAAAGGAACACCUGUUGCGGCCACCGGAUCGCUCUCCGCCCUCUUGCACUCCAUAACGGCGACCUAAGCUGCGAAUCUUCUCGUCUUUUUCUUGCUGCAUUGCGCUGAACGAUCACAAGCCUCUGAGUUAUCUCGUGCCCGUCGCUCGUUUGUCUUUUUAGCUAGCCACAGCCAGCCCGUUGUAGUAGACAGUGUGGCGGGACGAUUUCAUUCUGCAGGUCGACAAGGUGUCGGUGGGCGGGAGCGAGGAGACGACGCCCUGGCUGAGUUGCCUCGUAUCGCAUCAUCGCCACCCUGGCUCCCCCCUUGCCUCGCCGAUUGAAUCGUUCUUGCCUAGAGGCACCUGUUGCGGCGUCGUCGGAAGUGGCCUCAGAGGAGUGUCGGUCGUCGUCAGUUGAAGCCGCCGCUGGCGGCGGCGACAGCGGCGGCGGCAGCGGCGGUGAUCAGCGGAUGGAGGCAAUGGGGUCGUGUUUGGAAGAGAUCCCCGCGCGCAGAGCGAAGCUGAAGAAGGCUUAUGAAGACCUCGAAGGGCAAAGAACGUUUCUGACUACUUUCUUGGUCGAGUGGAAGGAUCUCGAGGACCACUUCGCGCAGCUAGAGGAGGAAUUGAACAAGAGGGAGGUGGAGGUGUUGGAGAAGGAAAAAGGGUUCGAAGCCAAGGUUAAGCAGACAGAAGAGAGGCUGAGUAAGAGGGAGGCAAAUGUGCAGGCGAAGGAGAAGGCGUCGCUAGCAAGAGUUCAAGAGCAGCGUGACUCCGCUCUCGCUGCAAUUGCGGAGGAGAGGAAGAAAUUGCAAGGGCAGAAAGGAGGGGGAGGAGGAGGAGGAGCGGGCGGUGCGACUGCCAAGGCAAAUGAUACAAAAGCGGAUUCAGCGGUGGCUGCCAAGAAGGAUGAGAAAUCGACCUCGCCGUCGGACAAAGCGGCGCACGGCAAGAAGGGUGGCAGCGGUGCUGCCGCUGGCAACUCUGCCACCGCCGAGGCUGUGAAGAAGGAGGCUAAUGGUGCGGCUUCGAAAGCGGCGGCGGCCGCCGCAGCCGCAGCCGCAGCCGCUGCUGCUGCAGCCGCGGCAGUGGCGGGCAAGAGCACGGCGGCGGCGGCGGCAGUGGAAGGCGAAAAAGAAGAAGAGGAAGGAGACGACGAGGCGGAAAAGGGCGAGACGGAGGUGCCGGAGACUGCUUCGGGCGACGCUAAUAAUGAAAAGGGUGAUAGUGAGUUUAACGAUGGUGAGGAGAAGAAGGUGUCGGCACCGGAGGUGAGGGUUCGUCCUGCCAUUAAAGCCUUCUGUGAGGCGAACGACGGGGAAGGGCUGAGAAAGUUCAUAGUCCAGAAUCGCAAGGACGUUGCGACCUUGCGCGCCGAGUUGCCAGUCGCACUUCAGAUGGCGAUUGACCCCCCCCGACUCGUGCUCGAUGCACUGGAAGGGUAUUUCAUUCCCGACCCCCCAACGGGGGGCGCGCAGUCCAACAGAAAUGACAACAGAAGAGAAGGGGCAGCUGUCCCUGCCAGUCGACGAGCUUGCAUCCUUCUCCUGGAAUGCCUUGCUCAGUCCUUGGCCGACUCCUCUUCAAACGGUCCGAACCAGCCCUCUGUUCCUGCGAAUGCGCAGAAAACGGCAAAGGAGGUUGCGGAUGAAUGGCGCUCUCGAAUGGCCGAGAACGAAGAAGGCUCUCAGCUUCACGCUCUUGAUUGUCAGGCCUUCCUUCAGCUGGUGGCAACCUUUGGAAUUGCCUCUCAAUUCUCCACCGAUGAGCUUUUUAACCUUAUAACUCUCGUCGCUCGGCGUAAGCAGUCCCCAUCCAUGUGCCGAUCUCUCGGCUUGACCGAGAAGAUUCCAGAGCUGGUUGAGAAACUGGCAAAGACAGGAAAGCAGGUCGAGGCUCUCGCAUUUGCACAUGAAUUUGACAUCAUGGACAAGGUCAAUCCUUCCAGCUUGCUGAAAACGUAUCUGAAGGAAGCACGGAAGCAGGCUAACACUAUGCUGAAGAACGGGAACCACUCCCCACAGGCGCAGAACGAUGCCAUUGUGAAGGAGCUCGCUGCGCUGAGAAACGUUGUACGCUGUAUAAACGACUACAAGUUGGAGAGUAGUGUACCUUCAGCGCCUUAUGUCAAGCAUAUGCAGGAGCUGGAAAAGGCCAAGUCAGACCGAAAGCGCCAGGCUGUUGCGGUGAAAGCUCAGGCCAAGAGGCCUAGAGUAACCACUACCGUGACGGGGAAGGUUUCCGGUGGAGCGAACAAUUACCCUGCGAUGACGGCUGUUGCUAGUUAUCAAGGAGGGCAGGCCAAUGAAAUGGCAUACACGGCGGCGGUAGAGCGUGGAAGGGGCUAUACUGCUGGCAUAAAUUCGACGGGUAUCCUUGACAGGAGAACAGGGAGCCUCCGGCUUCCGGCUGCCUCCGGUUAUGGAUUGCAGAGAAGCAGAAGUCCGAUCAACGUGGGGCCUGGAGCGGCGUAUGUCUACCGAGCUCAAGAAGCGGCUAUGGGUGCGCAAGAAGUGCUGUAUGGAGCGGCGUAUGCGGGCGGGCAAGGGUAUGCAGCGCAAAACUCUUAUCAGUUUUCAGGUGGCGGGUUGCCGCCGCCCCCACCAGCUUACCAGCAAACGUAUUUGCAUUGAUGUGUGAAUAUGAUCAUGGCGAUGAUGGCGAUGGUGAUGCUGUGAACUGUAUCCUUUUGUCAGCGGCUGGCAGCACAUUGGCAUGAUGUAGAAGAGCUGGGCUGCACCCACCAAGCGUUAGGAAGCUCACUUUUCUUUCUCUUCACCUCGCUGGCUGUCUAUAUUUAGUCUGUUUGUAGUUGGUAGGAUCAUGAGGACAGAGAAUCCAGCACUGACUGGAUGUUUUAUAGUUAUCUCGCUUCUCCCCUCUCUGCUUCGAGUAGGUGUGCCGUGCCGAAUCGUCGGUGUACAACGGUGAGACGGUAGGAUGGCAGGGCCGGCGUCGCUAGCUCUCCGCGGUGAAAAAGAUUGGGAAAGCUGUAUGGUUUUGGCAGCAGGAUUUGGCGUGCUGCAUGAACGGAAGCAAUCCUGAGUAACGUUUGUUCAGAGUAUGUCAAGCAUGUCUCGUCUUUUGUACAAUUGCAGCACUUAUUAAAAGCUUGUGUCCUCAUGGAGAAGAUUUUUGCUUCCCGAGCAUGCCGGUUGCGUCCUGCUGUGUACUGUGUGGGAGGGCGUUUGGUAAUUCAUGAGGUGAGUCCAAAAGCCCCUGAGAAAUUGUUGGGGUGUCAACGAAUUCUUGCACUGAGGGAUUUUGUUGGGGUGUCAACGAAUGAACUGUUUGUUGGAUCGUGAGAAAUUGUUGGUUGCGUGCAGAGUUGUGGCAUUAUCCGUGGGUAGCACUUACUGGGGGAAUGGAUGGGUUUUUCUCUCCUAGUGAGAGGACUCGUGCGAAACUCGAAAUCCGAGAUUAUGGCGUGCCGUUGUGUUGUAGUUGAUGACACUGAGGGCUGCUAGAUUUCACAUUUCCAUUGCAGCAACCCGAGGGAGUUAAAUGCACGGUGCGAGUCCUGGUGUCCCGGUACAGAUUACGCAUCUGGGCGUGUCUAGCUCCGGAACGACGUGGCUGUAGUGGAUUUUGGAUUUUUUUCAGUUUCCAGAAGAGUGGUGGAGGUAGCGAAAGCCAUUUUCAUUCUUAGCCAUGAAUAAUGAAGUAGCGAAUGAAUUUCGACGAAACAGAAGGCAUGUGUAUGCAUGCACUGUUGAAGCCCGUGCUUGAAGGACAAGUAAGGCUGUACAGUAGUAGAGGCUUCUGUACUGAUGUGUCACCACAGUAUCCCUGCUGCCUCCCACAAAAUACAAAGAAUGUCUCGGCUCUGCGUUGUUGUGAUUUCCCGAUCGAAGAUUUGUUUUUGGUUAAGCAGUGGUGCCAAGGUACCUGGUCGAAAAAGCGGAAAUGUCAGUGUCCGGCCAUCAAGUUGUCUGAGAAACACUGUCGGAGUUUUUGGUAGUGUAAUGCAGACGAACUCCUCCAUCCGAACGCAGAAUACAUUGCGUUCGAAACGAAAGAGUGUAUCAUUCCGUGGUGUUUCACUUUAGGCUGCUUGUUGUCGCGAUGCAUCGUCUUGCGCUCGAUUCUUUCUUUGGUAUGUGGUACAGGAGUCUACCAUGGCGGACGGGGAUUGCACUGGCAAUUGCUGCACGCGGGUAGGCUGCGGUGCAGAACAUGAAGACACAGAGAUGAGAGAUGUUGAAUAGGGAAUAGGCUUUUGUAGGCGACAGCUGUUCUUCUGUCCAGAUGUCUCAGGCGUCAUGCCGCCGAAGAGCUGGUUUCGGAACGGCGAAGUUUUCUACCGAAUGAUGAGAGGCCUGGUCUGGCAUGAUCCGGAGAUGGAGUGAGUGGCUCUCCCAACAAACGUUUGUGUUCUUAGUGUCCUCCACAAACGUUUUCGUGUUCUUACUGUCCUCCUUAACAAACGUUUUUGUGUUCUUACUGUCCUCCAUCUGAGUUGCAGUCGAACGGUGGGAUUUGUGAUUGUGUUGGAUUUGAAGUGUCGGGUGGUGCCAGGUCAGUUCUCUAUGGCUGUGCGUCAUCAAGGGGAAUCGGUGAGAUGGUUUGAUAUGGUGUAUUAUAGUGUAUAUAAUUGACCAUG